GGGAAUCUUUUUCGGGCGCCGGGGGCGGAGGGAGGGGAGCGCGCCUGCGCGCGCCCGGCCGUCCGUCGCCGCGGUGACCGUCCUCACAGUCCGUUGGCUCGCGCCCCGCCCCUGUCGCCCCCUCCCCUGUGGCGCGCCGGGGCUGUUUCUCGCUCCUCCCGAGUUAUCGCCGCCGUCUCCGCUGCUCCUCCACUCCCGGUCUUGGGUUUCCCUAACGUUGCUGCCGCCGCUACCUCUGUGGGCUAUAUGAGGAGGAGGAGGAGGAGGAUGUGAAGAUGGCGGAGCUGCAGAUGCUGCUGGAAGAGGAAAUCCCAGGGGGCCGCCGGGCCCUCUUCGACAGCUACACGAAUCUGGAACGGGUGGCCGAUUACUGCGAGAACAAUUACAUUCAGUCAGCAGAUAAGCAGCGAGCCCUAGAAGAAACCAAAGCCUACACCACCCAAUCCUUAGCAAGUGUUGCGUAUCUGAUAAACACCUUGGCCAACAAUGUCCUGCAGAUGCUGGAUAUCCAGGCAUCCCAGCUUCGAAGGAUGGAAUCUUCGAUCAAUCAUAUUUCACAAACAGUUGAUAUUCAUAAAGAGAAAGUUGCAAGAAGAGAAAUUGGUAUUUUGACUACCAAUAAAAACACUUCAAGGACACAUAAGAUUAUUGCUCCAGCCAACCUUGAACGACCUGUUCGUUAUAUUAGAAAACCUAUUGACUAUACAAUUCUAGACGAUAUUGGACAUGGAGUAAAGUGGUUGCUUAGAUUUAAGGUGAGUACCCAGAAUAUGAAGAUGGGUGGGCUGCCGCGUACAACACCUCCAACUCAGAAACCCCCCAGCCCCCCUAUGUCAGGGAAAGGGACACUUGGGCGGCACUCCCCCUACCGCACACUGGAGCCAGUGCGUCCUCCAGUGGUACCAAAUGAUUACGUACCUAGCCCAACCCGUAAUAUGGCUCCCUCGCAGCAGAGCCCUGUGAGGACAGCUUCUGUGAAUCAAAGAAAUCGAACAUACAGCAGCAGUGGGAGUAGUGGAGGAAGCCACCCAAGUAGUCGGAGCAGCAGUCGGGAGAACAGUGGAAGUGGGAGUGUAGGGGUUCCUAUUGCUGUUCCCACUCCUUCUCCUCCCAGUGUGUUUCCAGCCCCUGCUGGCUCUGCUGGCACUCCUCCCCUUCCUGCUGCUUCUGCACCUGCCCCUGCCCCUCUUGUUCCUGCUACUGUCCCUUCCUCCACUGCCCCCGAUGCUGCUGCUGGGGGUGCCCAGACCCUUGCUGAUGGCUUCACUUCUCCAACUCCCCCUGUUGUUUCUUCCACUCCCCCUACAGGUCAUCCUGUUCAGUUCUACAGCAUGAAUAGGCCUGCCUCUCGUCAUACUCCCCCAACAAUAGGGGGUUCACUGCCCUAUAGACGCCCUCCUUCCAUAACUUCACAAACAAGCCUUCAGAGUCAAAUGAAUGGAGGACCUUUCUAUAGCCAGAAUCCAGUAUCUCUCGCUCCUCCUCCUCCCUCCAUCCUGCAGGGAACUCCUCAGUUACCUUUAAUGGGAUUUGUGGCCAGAGUCCAAGAAAAUAUUUCAGAUACACCACCUCCACCACCACCUGUGGAAGAACCAGUAUUUGAUGAAUCUCCCCCUCCACCACCUCCCCCUGAAGAUUAUGAAGAGGAGGAAGCUGCUGUGGUUGAGUAUAGUGAUCCUUAUGCUGAAGAGGACCCCCCCUGGGCUCCAAGGUCUUACCUGGAAAAGGUUGUGGCGAUUUAUGACUAUACAAAAGACAAGGAAGAUGAGCUGUCCUUUCAGGAAGGAGCCAUUAUUUAUGUCAUCAAGAAGAAUGACGAUGGUUGGUAUGAGGGAGUUAUGAAUGGAGUGACUGGGCUCUUUCCAGGGAAUUAUGUUGAAUCUAUCAUGCAUUAUUCUGAAUAGAGCUCAGAAGGGCUGUGCUUCCCUUAUGGGAAUAGUCAGGUCUUCCCAGAUUAUCUGAAGGCCCUGGAGAUUCCACUCCAGUAAAAUAAAAUGAAGGAUAAAAAUGAUACAAAUUACUUUUUUUGAUUUAUCCCCCAGUUAUUAAAACAAAAGCAAGCUGAGUCUGAACAAAUGGAUCUUUCUGCCAUCAUUUGUAUUAUGCUGAGCUGUCUGGAUGGAAAUAAAGUGACCAUUUCUGAAUAUGUGAAAGGUAUAACAACAUAACGAUGUAGCUAAAACAAAUCAGAUUAAGACUGAUUCAGAAAAAUCUAGGAUCUUUCUCAGGAAUACUGUGCACCCUUGGGAUUUCUCCUCCUGACGAAUGUGUGGCAGUGGGUGUUCUUUACUGCCUGUGCUAAGGGGUUCACUUAUAGCCCAGUGGGUACCAUGGCCCCUCACUUUCUUCUACUUGUAUGAACAGGAGGGAACCAAUAUUUAAAUACCAUACAUAACCAUUUUUUACAAUUGUUUCAGAUGGCUUUUUCCCUCUUUAACACUGUAAAUUCUGCAUUCUUUGAGCACUUGAGCGCAUCAAAUAAGUUAGUGCUGAACUCGCAUCCUUUCAUGUUUCUGUUUGUAGAUUAUAAGAAUGAUGAAAUGUGAAAGUCUCCCAACAUUCCAAGGAUAGUUAACAAUUGCCAUGGUUUGAUUUAAUGUGCUGCUUCAUGAGACUGCAUUGUCACUGAUGGCCAGUAUAUCCAUAUGUAAAAUGUGGUAGGCUGGGUUAUAUGCUGAGGUAGGUGUGCAGAGCCAGAUGUGAAGGUUCCUAAGGUUCUAAAGAGAUUGAAUGUAGAAAUAUUCUUCUUAGCAGGCAUCCUGAACCCUUGCCUUGGGUGGUGUUUUCAGGAGUAGGAUCUUGGAGGCCAGACCAACUAUUACUAUCACUUCUUUCAUUGUUUAGGAAAACACUAUUCUUUUUUGGAAGAGAAGAGUGGUUAUUUGCAAGUCUCUUGAUAGUUCCUGGGGAUAAAAGGCUUGCUACUGUGCUCUCUGAAUGUUAUUUAUGGCCAGUGUUAGUUGCUGCUGUGUCAUUUACUCAACUCUAGGAAAGGUAAAUACUCACCCGAUUUUUUGAUUUAAUUUUGAAAUAGCUGCUUUUAGUAAGAACUUGAACCUUAUAUUUUAGACUAAGAAUUUAAUUGUGGGAUAAGAGUAAUAGACUAAAAUAUUUAAUUAUCCAACCACAUUGGUAAAAGCUAAUAUAAUUGAAAGAAACAAUAACAAAAAAUAUUUCUCUCACAUGUAGAAUCAUUAUAGCUUCAAAUUCAAUGGAGUUUGUAGGGCAGAUGGCUCUAAUCAUCACAACGGAAAUGAGUUUUAAGAAAUAAUCAAAAUCCAGGACAGCUUAAGUCUCUGUGGGUGCAUGCUAUGAGAAUGGGCCAGCUCAUUUUCUGGCACAGAGCUGCCAGUAUGGGUUCUUCCUAGUCCCAGUGACUCAGCCAGAAUAGAGCUCUGCCAGGUAAUUUCCCUGUGCUAGGUUAAAGGGGAGAGGCAGUAGUCACGUACAUGAUGGGGUGGUGAAGACAGAGGAAUGUGAAAAAGGAACAAGUAUAGUCGUAUAUGAGGAAAUUCUGAUAGGUGUAGGUAGAAGUUAAUAUUCCACUUGCACAUUUGCUAUCUGGGCAUAAAACUUUGUCCCCCUUUAACUAACAGCCCGCUAUAGUUUCCUUAUCAAGACUUUUCUUAAGUUGCAAUUUUUAAAAAAAAUACAUUACAAGUUAGAUUUGCUAUUUCACUUUGAGGUUUUCUCAGCACUUUGGAUUUAGCUUUCAAUAAUUUGGCUCCAUUACACAUUCCAUGUUGUGCUUUUAUUAGGUCAUUUCAACAUCUCAUAUUCCUUCAAAGGCCCCUCAGUAUCCUCUCAGCUUUUAGUUCUAUUAUGGACCCAAACUAGACUAUGUGUAGAUAGGUGAAGCCUCAUAGUACUGGUGUAUGACUAGGGAAACUGAUUUGAAAAUUAAAUGUUCCAAUUAUUAUAGCUUUUUGCUGAGACAGCUUAGUGGAUUAAUAAAGCAGAGGGUGUUUUGGAACUGAACCAGUAGUUCCCACAGCUCACCACAACAGAAGCAGAGAAGACAACUGUACAGAAAGCAGAGUUGGUGGCAAUGAGCAGGAAUGCAGCUUACCUGUUGGACCCCUGCUGGAUUGGGGAGUGCAGAAGACACUGGUCAAGUCCUUUAUACUGAAGACUUGCAGCGGGGGGAAUAUCCAUGGGUCAGCUGAUCUUUUUCCUAUAUUAUUUAGUAUGUGUGUGUAUUUUGUUUUUGCAAAGAAUACCUGUUGGAUUUUCUGCAUAUUUUAAAUUUUUUGUAUAGCUUUAAAUUCUAUAGAUUGUCUUGGAAGGACUAUGUAAUGAUGAUGGGCCAGGCCUAUAGUAUAAUUGGAGACUUUUAAUGUAUGUGAUAUUUCAUAGAUUGCAUGCUAUUAAUAAUCUGUGAGGGUAGUAUUUCCUAUUUUAUUGUGAGUUUCACCCAUUUAUCUUUUUAUAAACUAAAAGUCAAUUGGCAUUAGGACUUCCAAAUGAAUGCAGAAAAUCUUACAUGCUACUUACUAGUAAUAUUGUAGCAAAGAUAUUCAAGUCUAAAAUCUGCUGACCACUAAGCACCCAUUUUAUCAGAAUAGAGAAAUCUAAUGGGAAAGGGCAUUCUUUCCUCCUCAAAUGUUUCUUUCUGUUUCCACUCAUAUUAAAAAAAAAAAAAAAGAGAGUGACUAGUUGUCUUUCUUUUUUUUUUUUUUUUUUGGUAUUAAAUGAAAAUAUACUUUGUUGUCUUUGACUUCGUGGCCAAGGCAAUAAAUUGGAAACAGAAAUAGUGCCAUUUUAGAUCUGAGAGAUUCAGCCUGCUGUGUUUGGAAUAAUUAUGAAUCUUUUAAGCUGUCUUGUUUAAUAUUCUCCAUCUUUUGGCUACUUCCUUUCUCAGAGGCACUUGCUGUUCCUUAGGGAUGGUGAGGGCCUGCUAAUUGUGCUAUAUGUUCCUAAAAGUCAUUGGGUGUGAGACAUUUUCAACCCCUCCUUUCCUCCUCCUGUUGCUGUUUAUUACCCAGCAGGAGAGAAUUGUUUUAUGCAACUUUGCAGUGAUGAGUAUCACAUAGCUGUGCUCCUUAGCACUAGGUAUUGAUUACUUAAGAUUUUUCUGUUAGGGAGUAGUUGGCUUUUAUCUUGUGUUCUUUUUCUUCUAGAAAGUGACCUUUCUGCAUUAAGCACUGUUGUUUUGUCUUUUAUUAUCUUUCCUCCUCUGUGGAAAGAGCAUGGCAUGUCCUGAAGGCCACCUUUACCUUUGAAAAGGGUUUGGUGGAGGAAUUGGCAACAACUACCCAAUCCUUCAAAAGAACAGGGAUCUGUUCACUUCUGAACUUCUUGUUUGAGAACUCCUGACUGGUGUUAAGGUGAUAGUUUCUCCUAGACAAUUUACUUAAGAGUUAUGGAAUAUUAGAGCUAGAUGAGGUCUUAAAAAUUUUCGUGGUUUUUGGGCGGCACCUGUGGCUCAGUUGGUGGGGCGCCGGCCCCAUAUACCGAGGGUGGCGGGUUCAGACCCGGCCCCGGCCGAACUGCAACCAAGAAAUAGCCGGGUAUUGUGGCGGGCACCUGUGGUCCCAGCUGCUCGGGGGGCUGAGGCAGGAGAAUCGCUUGAGCCCAGGAGUUGGAGGUUGCUGUGAGCUGUGUGAGGCCACGGCACUCUACCGAGGGCCAUAGAGUGGGACUCUGUCUCUACAAAAAAAAAAAAAAAAUUUUCGUGGUUUUUGACUGAUGAGGUAAGAUGUUUCUGUUUCAGAUGAACAGCUACUUAAUAACAGCAGAGUUCCUCAGUGCCCAGCACUCUUUCCAGUACACCACAACUGUCUUAACUAAAUGUGCUGUAUUUUUCUUUAAAAAUUAAGAGUUCUACUUGAUGUUUUUAGGAAUAUACUUGAAAAGAUAUGCCAUGUUUUGAUAAAUGCCAUAAGUUAUUUAAAGGAGUAUACUAGAUAUAGCUUCAAUUAGUGAAAAUAAUCUUCAUUUACCCCUUCUAAAACUAUACUCAGUAUAAACACUUUUCCAUAAGGUAUAGUAGAAGUACAUUAAUUCAACACUGGCAGGAGCACAGCACAGGAAACCGCCUUAUUUGAGAGCGCCUUAUAAAACUAAAUGGAGGCAUUGAACUCAUUACCUUUAAGUUUGCUUCAUGCUGAGUUUUGUUCCUAUUUUAUUGAGAAUCUCAUAAUUCUAAAAAAAAAAAAAAAAUUACAAAUGAAACGACAGGGCCUAGCUGUGUAUAAAAUGAUCCUUGCUAAAUACCUUAAGGUUUUUUGUAAAAAAGAAAAAGAACAAAAAGCUUAUUUUCACAUUAAAACGAAACCUCUUUUACAGCUUCAGAAUUCUAUGGAAAGCAGUUUCUAUCAUAUUUUGUGUCCAUGUACCAUAUUUCUUAAAAUGGUUUACAAAAGAAUGUAAAUGAUUUGCGAUCUGGCUAGUUGUGCUUUUUAGCUCCCACGUGGAGGGUUGGUGGCGUUGAGUAAAAACCAUUCAGGAAAAGGAGGGAGCAGUUUUGUUGCCAGUAAUGUUCCCUAUGUGUGCCAUUAAACCACCUCCAGAUAAAUGGGGGAACAUUCACUUUUUAAUUUUUUAAAUGUAUUUGGAAUUAAUUGUUGCUGUGUACUAAGAACUUGAUCUAAAUAAAAUCCCACAAAGUAUA